AUGACUGGACGCGGCAAGGGCGGCAAGGGCCUCGGCAAGGGUGGCGCCAAGCGUCACCGAAAGAUUCUUCGCGACAACAUUCAGGGUAUUACCAAGCCCGCUAUCCGACGUCUCGCUCGUCGUGGUGGUGUCAAGCGUAUCUCUGCCAUGAUCUAUGAGGAGACCCGAGGUGUCCUCAAGUCCUUCCUCGAGGGUGUCAUCCGUGACGCCGUCACCUACACUGAGCACGCCAAGCGAAAGACCGUCACCUCCCUGGACGUCGUCUACGCCCUGAAGCGCCAAGGCCGCACCCUGUACGGUUUCGGUGGUUAA